UUAAAAAUCAAACACUGCAAUUCAUUCGGUUGAUUCUCUCUAUAUCAAUUCAGAAUCUCACCGAGGAAGGAAAAUGUAGGUGAGGUUUACCCAUAUCUUCAGUUUGAGUGUAAAUUGUUGAAUCCGAUUUCAAAAUGGAAAGAGGAAACUCAGAAGAAGACAGGAUCAGCAUCUUACCUGAAUCCCUAAUUCACCACAUACUAUCUUUCAUGUCUAUAACAUACGCAGUUCAGACAUGUGUGUUGUCUAAAAGAUGGCAAUAUAUCUGGACUUCGAUGCCCGUUCUAAGAUUCAGCAACAAUUAUGUUUGCGAUUGGGAAGCAAGUGAUGAUGAUUUUUAUGAAGAGCCAUAUUUUCGCACAAAGGGUUUCUUAAAAUUUGUGGAUAGAGUGCUCAAGCUUCGUGACAACAACUCCGAUAUACAGAGGUUUGAACUCAAAUGCUCUAAUUUUCAUGUAUCUCGUAGGAAAAUAUAUGAAUUCAUCGAAACCGCUGUCAAUCACAAUGUUCAGGAGGUUUAUAUUAAGACCGACCCUAUGUACGGUUUUGAGAUUCCUCCUUGUCUAUGUACUUGUGAAUCCUUGACAAAAUUGGAGCUGAAAUUGCGUUUUGAUGAAGGUGAUGGUGAGUAUCAGAACAAGUUCAUUCUACCUACUGAAAUGAGCUUACCUCGACUCAAAUCAUUGUGUUUGAAACUUAAUGAUUUAUCGUUUCAUGAUGAAAACUUAACCAAUAGGUUCUUUUCGAGUUUUCCUUGUCUAGAAUCGUUGAUCAUGGAAUUCGGAGACGGAUUUAUCAAUAUGAAUCUGAAUAUUUCUUUGCCUAAACUUGAGUAUCUUAAAUUUGAGUGCUGGAAUUUUGAAAGCUAUAGUGAGGUUAAACUGCAUGCUCCAAGUCUCGUAUCCUUCGUAUUCAACAGUUACUUGUCAACAAGUUUCACUCUAGAGAGUCUACCAUCUCUAGUAAAUGCUGAUAUUGAGAUAAAAAUUUAUAUAAAAGAUCAAUGGCCACCAAGUAAUUCAGAGAUUCAUGAAGGUAUGGAAGAAUUUUAUGCACAGCGUUGUAUGAGAUUUUUGAGAAGGUUUCAUAGAGUGAAAGUGUUGACAUUAAGAAAUGCUUUCAUCAAGGCUUUAGGUGGAUCUCCAGGUAUAUUAGACGCUCAGCCGCCUAAAUUUUGCAAUUUGCAACAUUUGGAGCUCGAGACCUACCUUUCUAGGGACUGCUUGUGUUCAAUAUUCUACGUACUGAAGAUUUCUCCUAAUAUAGAAUCUGUUUCCCUGCAGAUAUCAAAGCUAAAUCUCUAUGCGUUUCCAGUAUAUCCAUAUUGUGACGAGGUAAAAUUUAAUCCAGAAAACAUAGGAGACUACUGGGACGCAGGAUUGUCUUUGUCGUGCAUGAUAUUGCACCUAAAGUUUGUUGAGAUUAAAGGUCUUCGUGGAUGGGUUAAUGAACUGAAGUUCUUAGAGAUUCUGUUGAAACAUGCCAUGGUCUUGGAGGAAGUGAUACUCAACAGUUAUUCAACUAAGUCGGUGAUACUCGACAGUGAUUCAAAUGAAAAAGACUCACGAAGGAAGAAACAAAUGAAGAAAUUUAGUGAGAUGCUGCGAAAAUUCCCUACAGUCUCUAAGAAAAUCGUUAUCUUGUUAAACUCCUGAGUGUUUUUCUAAAGGUGGUUGGGCACAGAAAGCUGUUUUUGAGUUCUUAAAUUGUGAAAUUUAAUGCAAUGGGAAUAUUUUCCGAACCUUUGCUAUGUAGUAUUAAGUUUCUGAAAUCCUGAUACAAUCAUGCCAGUCCUUAUUAUCUUUUGGUACUUGAAGUUUGUGGUAUAAGAAGAUUAUUAUUGUUCUUUUUCGCGGAGGAAUUAUGUAAUUUUAUAGAUGCUGAAAUCUCUUUCCAAGUUACAAUGACAUGUAUCAAAACUCAUAGUUCUAGCUGUUGCUGGUGUUUAUUUUCGAUGUUAAAAUUCAAUUUAAUGUUAUAGAACA